GCAGGUCACAGCACAUUGAUUUAAUUCAUAGCCCUACGGAUAUUCGCAGUUCGAACUCUCUCUUUUUUGUUGUUGUUUAUUCGAACGGCGCACUCUUCCCGUUCACUUGAUUUUUUGUUUGUUACUUCUGUCGUGUGCUCUCAUUUUCAUACCAUACACCUCCCCCUCUCCGCGCGCUUACGGCCUCUCUAUACCCUUGGGCAUCACCUUUUUUUUUUUGUCGCGUCAUUGUGUCGAUUUCUUCCCGUUAAACGUCACCCCCCUCCUCCCCGUUAAACGGUUUUUGUUCGCUUCGCCGGAGGAAUAACAUCGCAGAAGCACUCCAAGAAGAGCUCCUCACCGAAAAGCCCCGCCAUGCGUCGCCGCCCCAACAAUAACGCGUCUCCUUCGUCGCAGCUGCAAGACGACGCGACGGCGUCGAAGUCGCCGCGACAGAACGGGACGACGGACACGAAAGUGCAGCAUGCGUCCCUCCACGACAGCAAAGACCAAGAGCCGCAGGACCAAAUGAAACUGCCUCAGCCGGACAACGACGACCCGUCGCUGCCGCUCUACCGCCGCGAGGACAUCCCCGAGUACCUCGGCGACAACGUGUACAUCCUGCGUCACUACCGCGCCUUCUACUCCACGACCAGGUGCUUUACCAGCAUCUUUCGCAUGCACAACGAGACGAUCAACAUUUGGUCCCACUUGAUUGGCGUGGUUGUCUUUAUCGGUCUCAUUGUGGAUCUCUUUGUGCGCCGCAUUGUGCCGGAGUACCGCGCCGGCAACGUCUACUUUCACGUAAAUCGAACUGCCUUUCCGGUGAUGGUGGAGGGCGCGCAAACCACCUGGCCCUUCGUCAUCUUCGGUGCGUACUCGUUUGCUUGUGUAAUGUGCAUGCUUUGCAGCGCGAGCUUCCACACCUUUCUGUGUCACAUGAGCCAAGAUCUCUUUCACCGCGCCCACGCCCUCGACUACUUUGGCAUCACGUUUCUUAUUGUAGGCUCGUUUCUUCCGUUUUGCUUCUACUCCAUGGGCUGCGCUCCGGCGUGGCGUAAUACAUACAUGUCGAUGAUUUGCUCCUUCGGCGUGAUCGGCAUUAUCGGACCCUUCUUUCGUCAUUGGACCUCGAACGCGUUUGCGAACAAGCGGACGCUUUUCUACGUGCUCAUGGUCGCCUCGGGUCUUAUCCCCACCGUGCACCUCGCGUUCAUUAUCCCAUUUGUCAUCAGUUUCCCAUAUGUUUUGGGGUUGCUGGCGAUGCUGAUGUUGUACGGUAUCGGCGUCUUCAUCUACGCCUUUCGCAUCCCUGAAGUCUUCGCACCUGGAAAGUUUGACGUGUACUGCUCCAGUCAUCAGAUAUGGCAUGUGUGUGUCAUGGCGGCUGCCAUUACGCACUUUUACAACUGCACGCAGAUGUACUUCAACCGUGACACCAUCGUGUGUGCGUGA